CAUUCAGAUACCCCAUGUUAUGGCUAUCAGAGAUCAGUAGUAUGAGAUGCUUUCUCAUUCAGCACGAGGUUGAGUGGUUAACGAUGGAGGCGAUAGUAUAGCACAGCUUCAGUUUCCAGUAUCGGCAUCAAUGUAGCUGAACGCGACAAAAGGCUCGUCAUUUUCUUGGGCUUUCCCACUGUUGCUGGCAUAUUCGUUACUGGAACCAAGUUCCGCUUGCAUUGGACCAUAAUCUUUUGUACUCACCUGUUGGACUGUUGGCGGUCUCCCUCACAGUCACCAUGUAAUUGCUGUACAACUGGGUCUGCAUCACCCCUCUCUUUAUUAGUACUCCAAUCUCCAAUGGUCGAAGAAGAAGAUUCCCACUGUGUACUGUGUAGCCUUGUACAACACGAACCACGCAUCGCCUAGAGUAUCAACAUGGGUGUGAUGAUGCAGCAGCAAACCUCACCUCAAGUCAGAUUCCAAACAAGAUGGACCUUCUUCAAUACUGCGCUGACCUAAACAAAGAAGGAGCGGCGAUGUUGGCCGCGGACAAUAGCUUUGCGGCGUUUGAAUACUUCCGCAACGCACUUCAGAUUGUCGUGCUGGGUAUCCCCAAUGGCAACGAGAUCCUCAAGUCCUGUCCGGCGCUUGGCAAGGCAAGCAGCUCCCUCCUGUUGGAGCCCACAACCUUCCAUUGGCUUCUAUGGUCUCCGCAAACGAUGAACCAGCCUCCGCACGAUCCUCACAGGAGCACGAACACCUUCAACAAAGCCUUUGUGUUUCAACCAAACGAAGAUGGAGAACGAGAAUUGGACCUUCGCAUACGGACCUACAUUGCUUUGAUUAUCUUUAAUGUGGCCGCUACCAUUCAUCAACGAAGUGCGGCGCUGCCGCGAGAGCAACAGUGUGAUCAGGCGCUCACCGUGGCGUUGGAACUCUACGAUGUGGGCUUUGAUCUUUUGAUUCAAGAAGAGAGCUGCUGUGUGGACGAUUGGUCCACCAACAUUUCGCUGGCCAUCUUGAACAACAUGGCCGAAGUCCACUGGACGCUCUCCGACUUCAACAAGGCCAGCCGCGUACUGGAGCUGCAAAAGAGUCUCUUGGAAAUCCUCUUCUCCAACAAGAGACCACACAACUUUUCGGAUCAAGAAAUGGAGGUGUUCAUUUUGAAUACUCAUCUACUGCAGGCUCCCAGCGGAGCCGGAGCGGCGUAGUGAACCUAUAUUCUAUCUACCACGCCCAGAUACAUUAUGUUUUAGACUAUACACUUGCAGAUAAUCCUUCGAACAGCAUAUCAAUUUAGUUUCUGCAGUCUAGUUUCCAAACACUUUGUAUUCCGGUUGGGCUCAGUCUCGCAGG